AUGUAUGUGCCCGAGAGCCUUCACGACCUGGCCGAGAGCGAGGUGGUCCAGUUUGUGAAGAAGCCAAAGACCAUCUCCCGGAUCUUUGCUGGGGUCUUUUCACUCAUCGUUUUUGCCACACUGCUGACUGAUGGCUACCAGAACCUGAGCAGCUCUUCACAGCUGCACUGCGUCCUCAAUGACAACCGAGUGGCCUGCAGCUUCGCAGUGGUCACUGGCCUCCUGGCUUUCCUGGGCUGCCUGCUCUUCCUCACUCUGGACAGCCUGGCAGCCCGCAUCACCAGCACCCGCCUGAAGACCACAGUCUUGCUGCUGGAUUUCUCGCUCUCUGUUAUCUGGGUUGGAGUCUGGUUCGUGGGCUUUUGUUUCCUGGCCAACCAAUGGCAGCGCUCGCCCCCUCACCACUACCUUCUGGGCAACAGCAGCGCCAAGGCAGCCAUCGCCUUCUCCUUCUUCUCAAUCCCUGUCUGGAUGGUCCUGGCCUACCUGGCGCUCCAGGACCUCCGCAGUGACCCACCCGUCCCCUACAAGCGCUCCCUGGAUGAGGGUGGUGUGGCCCUGACAACCCUGUCUUCUGGCACCACCACCAACAUGGGGCCCAACAGCCUGGGCUACUCCAGCUCCAUCCCACCCCCAUACCCGACCACUCCCAAGGGGGCUCGACUUGCCAUGAUGAAUGACAACUGAGGCCGCCUGUCCUGAUCCUCUCAGUUAUUAAAGAGACUUUCUCUUCCUCCCACGGAGGUGUUUGUGAAAA